UCUGUGCUCACACACUUCAAGCACUUCCUCCAGAAGCAGCAGAGCUACACUGUGUCCUAACCGCAGCGGGUGGACUGUUCUCCCUCCCUCAGCUGCCCGCGCGCUUCCUGCUUCAGUUUGGCUCUUUAAGGAGAAUUCAGCUGUAAAUCGGUCACUGAGGAGCGAGGAAAUUUCAGUGGAAGCACCCAUGCUCAUUUGUGACUACCCAGUGAAGACAGACAUGGAGACGCCUGAACCCUUUGGCGUAAUCCUGGCCGUGCACCCACCGUACACCUCUCAGUACCCUCAGGCUUGUUACCCGUCCCACUACCCGGUGGGUUACCACCAGUCGCCCUACCGCAGCCCAGCCCGAACAGUGCCAGAUGCCGGUCGCCUGCAGUCUCAGUUAGAGCCUGUAGACCUGUCCCUGGGCAAGAAACCCUCUCCUCCCUCUCCAUCAUCCUCUUCUCCCUCAUCCUCCUCUUCUCCCUCAUCCCGGGCCACCCCUCCAUCCCCAUAUGAGUGGGGUAGUCCCAUAGCCAGGCCUCGUUCCAGCUCCAUGUCAGGAUCUGCAUCCGGCUCACCACAACCCAGGCUGCUGACCCCACCCAUGACCCUACCCUUCCCGACAGUGUUGGCCCCUAUUGUUCCCACGCCGGGACUUAUCCCUGUCCUGCCACUACUCUACCCGCCCCCUCUCCUUCCCUCUUCACUCAUGCUGUCCCCCACUACACCUGAGGACCAACAGGCCGGCACCACCAUCCAUAAAGUUCCUUCUGUGAAAUCCGAGGUCUGCCAAGAGAGCCAGCCAAUCAAAUCAGAGCCAUACCCUGAGCAUGCUCAGAACGCAUACAGCCAGGACAUUCCAUCACCGCCCAUGAGCAGGACCUACAGCGAGGGGAACACGCACUCUGUGAUCGUACACACGCGUAAGUUGGAGUCUCCAGACCCUCUGAAGAAGCGCCGCAUUCACCGUUGUGAUUUUGGAGGCUGUAAUAAAGUGUACACCAAGAGUUCACACCUCAAGGCCCACAGACGCACACACACAGGAGAGAAGCCAUACAGGUGUAUGUGGGAGGGCUGCACUUGGAAGUUUGCGCGCUCCGACGAGCUGACACGUCACUUCCGGAAGCACACGGGCGUGAAACCGUUCCAGUGUCCGGACUGCGAGCGCAGUUUUUCACGCUCAGAUCACCUCGCGCUGCACAAGAAGCGCCACCUUUUGGUCUGACAUGGAAAGGCAUCAAAGUUACUAGUAGGGUGGGAAAGGGCACCUUUUAAGAUGUAGCUGUCACAGGACAGCAGUCGGACCGCACUGUCUGCAGCAUGCAGGUGGAAGAGAUGGAGAUAAAAGGACCAAAGUGGGAGCCUGAGAGCCACCUUAUGGAACUGUUUAUAUUUCUUUCUCUCUUCCGUUUCAUUGUCUCUCACUCUCUGUGCACACAUGCUCACACAUACAGACACACAGCACACACACACACACAAGGCUUGGCGUCAGGUGGGCAUUUUUUGGGGCGAUGCCCCACCAAACAUUCAUCAUGGCCUAUUAAACCCAUUAUCUUCUACAGCAUGGGUGACUAAAAUUUGUGUGCACCGAAUAUAAAGGGUUGCAUCAAUUAACGUAGUCAUUACUUGUAUUGGCUACAUAUUAGGCUUUUUUUGUGCCAUGUGCAGUGGUGGUGUUAUGAUUGGACCUAGCGGUCAUAGGCCCACCCACAUUUGUUAUUGGCCCCCCCAAAACGAUUGCUCAAAUCUUAUUAAUACAUGAAUCAAAACCACAACUACAAAAGAACUUGCUAAGGAACAGAAAAAUUCUUUUCAACUUCAGAACAGGACAAAAGCUUAUCUUAAGACCACUACUACUGCGUAAGGACUGGAGGGGCACGACUUAUUCAAAGAUAACUGUUAUAAAAAGUGACCAAGCAGACCUUAGAACAUUCCAUUACCCUGAACACGGCACACUGGGUCUAAAGGCAUAAAUGCCAGACUAAUAGAUCAAAAUCAUAAGCAGAUUAAAGUGAGACAUUGUUGUUGACAUCAUCAGUGUGUGGACUUCACAGGGCUUUGGGUGUCAUUUGAAACUGGGCUUUAGUCCUGGCGCCGGGCCUAACACACACCCUUAAACUCUCCCACUCCCUCUUCCGCCCUCUGCUGGCCAAAGGGUGUAGUGCACGCUACAAAACCUCCUACAUGCACACACACGCCCAGGGUCAAUCCUGAAUAAUGUGAAUUUCUCUGUUUUGUUUUUUUUUAGUUUGUUUUUUUUUUCUAAAUAUUAGUCAAGAAAACCAUGUAAGUUUGUCAUUUUGUAACCGUCGUGUGUAUUAUGUAUCCAGCAUCAUCAGGAUUAGAUUUAAUCAGUGUCUUUUAUGCUUACAACUAUUAAUUUUGUAGAUUGUUUGGGUUACUAAAACAUAUUUUAAGCGGCAAGUCUAAAGCAUCAGACCGGUUCCUUUAUUAGUUUAAGAAUGGGUUUGGUUUAAGUUCAUAUCUGCAGUGCUUUGAGCCUCAAUACCAGACGCUCAUGUUGUUCCAUUGAGGCUUGUCCGUGAUUUUUGAUCUGAGUAAUAUGUAAGUACUGUGUACUGUACCGUAUCUAUGCAACUCUUAUUGCACAUCAGUCGCAGUUUCAUGCAAAUCCAGGUGCGGAUAGAGUGACAGUUGGGUGUCAUGUGGACUUAAAGGAAUACUCCAGAUGUUUAGACCUAAAGUCUGUCUGCUACCUCUGUAGAACAUGGUCGAUUACCACUGGCAAUGAUUUGGAUACCAAACUCAAAAGAACAGAAAAGAACCAAAAAAUGACUCUCCAACCACGCCCAUUACACAGGUCAAUGGGCAGCGGCUGUUGGGUUCUCCUAUAAGCUUAUUUUGAUCCAUCACAAUGAACAACUCAUGGAUAUUAGGUUGAAAUAUGAUGGAGUAUUCCUCUAAAAUAGUGGUCCCAGGAUGAGGACCACAUGUAAUGGCCGCUAAGGGCCUAAUUUGUUCAAACAUCAAGUAGCAAUAUCCUGCAGAUUAGCCUACACAGUUGCUUAAACAGUUAGCUGCUAUUAUAUAGCAUAUAGACAGGGGGAGAAGUGGCUUUAUUUAAUUGAGGUUUGUUAUAGUGGUAGAUUUGAAUUGUUGGCAAUAUUUGAAAUCAUAAUGAUGCAUGAACGCUGGGUUGUUGAGGGCUGGCAUGCCUCCCUUUGAUGGAAGCUUUGGGGGGCAGUAUGAAUUUCUUCAAAGAGCAAGUUUGUAUUUACUGCUAAAUGUGAACCAUUUAAAAGGGGCAUUAUGGUAAAGGAACAAGUUCGUCUUGGUUAUGGGUAAUGUAGUUUUUAGUCGUCAUUUGCUUAAUGAGGAAUUUCCAUGACGUUUCUGCAUAUUUAAUAUGUAAAAUGUAAACAAACUCAUUCAGAGUAAUUUGAUGAAUGCUCUAGAGGCAGAAGUGUUGGAAACCAGACGUCUACCUCUAAAUCACAGAAACCUAUCACAGGAAGUGUCUGAGACAUUUGUGAACAAUAGUUUUGAGAUAAACUUUUGGCCUAAAACUUUCUUAACUAUUGAUACGUGGUGGAGCGGGAAACGCAGGGGGUUCUACGGCAAAAUAGUCCUCAAAGAAAAGAGGUCCUCUGGUCAUUAAAUGGCUAUGUGUGUGACCCCUGGUUCCUAUCACCACCACUGUAAACAUCACAGUCAGAGUCUGUAUGUUUGUCUGCAAUGGACCAUUUCACAUCAAACCACUGUGAAUGACUUUUUUUACAUCUGAAACCACUGAAUUACUCAGAAAUUGAGAAAAAUCAGCGGGAUUCCUCAUUGAGACACUUUGCAAGGCAUUCCGGAAGACAUGGACCAGGAUGCCGCUUUCUAUCUAACCUUUGAAAAAUCACAGUGAUAUGACUGUUGUGUAGAGAGUGAACUGAAACGUGGAAAUGUGCACUUUAACCUGAUUUGAUGGACACAUAUCCAUUAGGAUGUCGAAUGCUUAAACCAGGGAGGUCAAGCCAGGCUCCCGGAGGGUCAGAGUCCAGCAGUGUUCAAUGAUAUCACUGCUAAAAAAGACCUGAUUCAACCAAUCUCUUCAAGAGGGUCGGAUUUAGUAGUGUCCUAGGAGUAGUGAGGCCCUCAAGGACCCAGGUUGGGCCCCCCCAAGUUUAAAGGAAUACUUUAGCAUUUUUCAAUCUAAUCUCUGUCUGCUGCAUCUGUAGUGUACAGUGUGUUACCACAGACAGUAACUUUGACGCAUGUUCCUGUGUUUAGAAAAGAACACAAAACCCAGUUACUCGAAACUCAUUAAUAACAGAAGCCAAUGGGCAGUUGCUAAAUUCUGCGAAUAAGCAUGUGAAAUAUGUGACAAUUGAAAACAAAAUGUCAAAGUUCAGCUGUAAUAGUACAGGAGAUGGCGUAUACUAGAUAGUAGAUAUAAUAGAUAGUCGAGACGUCUUACUAAAGCUGUUCUUUAGACGUUUUAUCCCAUUUUCAAAGACUAGAGCAACAAAGGUGAGAAGAAGUCCCGGUGACUUUCCAUAAGCUUGUGCAGUAUUUACAUUAAUCAGACAGAGCCUGUGGAAAGUCACACCCAUAUGAAUAGUAUCUGAAAGAAUUCACAGCUUAAUUUAAGUAUUCAUGAUUUUUGAUAUGCUAAUUACAUGUUUAGCAUAAAUGUUUACCACUGGAAUUUAGCAGCUGCCCACUGGCCUCUAUUAUAAGUGACUUUAGAUUCAUAUUUUUAUUCAUGUUUGGUGCUACAAGGAAACAUGUAGAGGUUGCUGUCUGUAGUAAUGAUGGAAUAAACACAGCCGUGUGCAAAAGUUUGGGCACCCCGGUCAAAUUUUAUGUUUUGCUGUAAAAGUGAUUGUAAGGCACUAUUAUAACAUAUUGAGGGGGGAAAAUUAACCAUAGAAUGCCUUGAUAAAGCACACUUGUGCUAUUGUACAAUAAAAGUUUCAGGAAAAA